AUGACAAAAGAGAAAUAUUUAACAAAAAAUAGUGAAGAUGAUAAUAUGAUUAAAAUUAUCAAUCAAGUCAAAAGCGUCAUAUUUGGUGAUAAUAUGACAGAUGAAGAUCCAGAUAUGGAAGCAAUGUUAUUAAAACGACGAGAAAAACUUCUGAAUCAAAUCAAGAAAGAUCUUGAAGAGACGGCCAACAAAGAAUAUUUCAAACUGGAACGGAUGAAUCUCUUAGAAAGUAUUCGUAGAAUUAUUCAGAUGAUGUUUGGUAAAUUGGAACGAGCUUACACUGUUUCUAAUGAUAUACUAAGUUUUGCUAAAGCAGCCUCUAUAGCGAUGUACUCAUCAAAUUAUAUAAAUUAUUUUGGUGAGUGUGCAAUAUGUACUGAAGAAAUUACCGACACUGACACCGACACAAAUGAACCAGUAAUUACAAUAUGCAAUCAUGUACAUCACAAAGUCUGUCUAGAGAAAUGGAUUGAAGCGAGCAGUCAAAAGAAUUGUCCACUUUGCCGAGCAAAACUAAACGAUUCGCAAAGUGAAUGUUACACUAUUUUAACAUUUAAAGGAUAA